CACUCACUCUCUCUCCUCAUUGCCAUAACAACGGAUGCAGCGCAUCAGUCCGCGCGGGAUCAACAUUCAGCAGCCGCGCGGGGCGGAAUAAACCCGCACCGGUGCCGUUAAGACACCGCACCGCAAAGGUGAAACACGCACGCACGCGCCUCACUGAACUAUUUACGUCAAACCGUUUAAGCUGCUACAGGGAGCGCACUCGGGAGAUCCUCAGCGGGGUUAUUUGGUAACGGUACAACCGGGGGAAGGCGAGAGAAGAAAGAGCAGGAAGUGCAGCGUGGGAAAGCGGGGAAAAUCUCCGGGGAUCUCCAGCGCACACUUCUCCAUCUACGGUCCUCCUCGGUUUUUUUUCCGCCAUGGCUCGGGAGAACGGAGAGGCCGGCGGGGAUUGCUCGUGGAAGAAGCAGGUCGAUGAUAUCAAGGAGAUGUUUGAAUUCAAAGAGGUGCUUGGGACGGGUGCAUUCUCAGAGGUGGUCCUGGCAGAAGAGAGGUCCACGGGAAAGAUGUUCGCUGUGAAGUGCAUCCCUAAAAAAGCGCUGAAGGGGAAGGAGAGCAGCAUCGAGAACGAGAUUGCCGUUCUACGCAAAAUUAAGCAUGAGAACAUAGUGGCGCUGGAAGACAUCUACGAAAGCUCCAAUCACCUCUACCUUAUAAUGCAGCUUGUAUCUGGAGGCGAGUUGUUCGACCGGAUCGUGGAGAAAGGUUUCUACACUGAAAAAGAUGCCAGUACACUCAUCAGACAAGUACUAGAUGCUGUAAACUACCUUCACACUAUGGGCAUCGUACACAGAGAUCUCAAGCCAGAGAAUUUGCUCUAUUUCAACCCUCAAGACGGCUCAAAGAUCAUGAUCAGUGAUUUCGGCCUGUCUAAGAUGGAGGGGACGGGUGAUGUCAUGUCAACAGCAUGUGGAACGCCAGGAUACGUGGCUCCAGAAGUUCUCGCUCAGAAGCCAUACAGUAAAGCUGUGGACUGCUGGUCUAUCGGAGUCAUUGCCUACAUCCUACUAUGUGGUUACCCUCCCUUUUAUGAUGAGAAUGACUCCAAACUCUUUGAGCAGAUCCUGAAAGCGGACUAUGAGUUUGAUGCACCGUACUGGGAUGAUAUUUCUGAUUCAGCAAAAGACUUCAUCAGCUGUUUGAUGGAAAAGGACCCCUCAAAGCGAUACACAUGUGAUCAGGCCCUUCGACAUCCCUGGAUCGCAGGAGACACCGCUCUCUGCAAGAACAUCCAUGAGUCCGUCAGUCGACAAAUGCGCAAAAACUUUGCAAAAAGCAAAUGGAGACAAGCCUUCAAUGCCACGGCCGUGGUUCGCCACAUGAGGAGACUGCAGUUGGGCAGUAGCAUGGGGAGCAGCAUGGACCAAUCGAGCUCCGCCAACCAGAACCGCAUACUGAACACGAGCCAGACUCCAGCUGUACCACUCAACACCACACCAAACACAACACCAAACUCCACUCCGGCACUUACCCAAAACCACAAACCUGCUCCCAACCCAAAUGCUGUUCUUAUUAAUGAUAUGACCACAGGAACCACCUCUAUACCACGCAAAGACUGUACUGCCCCUCCCCACACUUCCUGUUCUCUGGCAUCAGCUGCUUCCUCCUCUGCCUCAGGGGCGGAGCCCUGCAGGCCACUUCCUCCCUCAGUUGCGUCUGUGAGCACAGUGCUAACUGGGACCAAGUGACGCCAGGUUUUGCGGGGAGAGAGCUGGGAGGCCACCGCCCUGUGAGCCACGCCCCUCAGCCCACUCCCCGCCCUGCCGUCGAAAGUAAGGCAGAGGACUGACCCAUCGCCAUAGCAUCGCCACUGAGAGGCUAAAAACACUGCGCGCGCCUAAUGCACUCCUGCCAUUUAACCUCCAGGCCACUAGAGGGUGCAAUGCAUGCAGCGGCAGGAGACGGAGAUUUCCAGCAGAUGGCUUCCAUUUUGAGAAGUGAAUUCGUGCGGCUGGACAGAACUGUGAUGUCUUUGCUAUGAAUGUUGCUACGAACCUCGCCAGCCAUGUUACCUUUGGGGGAAAAAACGAACGAGUCAAAAAGAGCGCAGAGGUUUAGGUGCGAAAGUGUGUGCAUGAUUGUGUCCGCCCUUAUAAGAGGACGGCGCCAAUGUCAAAUGAUUCUUCUUACUAUAUCGUAACAUGUCUAGCUCUUCCCUCUUUCCCUCUGCCCCGUUUUCCCUGUUUACUUUCUCUAUCUACUCACGAUUUAUUGUAUUUCUUGUUAGCUACCAUUUUGAUCUUUCGGGGUUUUUCACUGAUGUGUCAUGCUGACCUGCAGAAGUGCUUUUAAUAAUCACGCUAGACUGUUUUGCGACAUUUUCUGAGUCGAGACUUCUGUUUGCACAUAAGAGAGAACAUUUACUGGCGUUUUACAGUGUUUUUACAAACUCAGAGAUGGGAGAUUAUCGAUUUGAGACCUCACAGUUGGGUUUUAGCAUCACAAAGUUCAAGAUAUCGGUUAAAACAUGCAAUAUGUUUGAUUGUUAUCUUACUUUACUGGACUUUUUUUUUUGAAAACGCAGAGAAAAAGCAGUUUGACAAUGCUUGUUUCUGUUACUCUCUGCUUCAAACGUGACUUUAAAUACACACAGACAGUAAGUGUUAGUUACUGAAUAUAGUAUAACUGUUACUCAACACAAACACACACAAAUCUCCCGAAAAAGCCAUGGCAGCGUCUUUCUACGCCCAGUGUACGAGUUCUCAGGGAAUUCCGCAGCUGCACUGGGCACUAUAGUGAUGCUAUCUAUACUAACGCCUCCAUGGUUUGAGAUGGUCUCAUCCAGCCAGAAUAAUGUCAAAAAUGUAGAUUAGGAUGAUAGACAGCUGUUUAACUCUCACAUACGAUUGUAUGACAAUUUGACCAUGCGGUAAAACUGACGUUAUGCUACGUUCAUGCCGUAUCAGAACUAGCCUACCACAAUUAAAACAUUUUCAAAUUCCUAAUAGAGUGCGACAGUCAGGUACUGGAAGAAGAAAUGCCAUUGAUUUUCUCCAUAGGGGAAUAGAUUUUUAAUGGUAACUUACAAAACUUUAAAGCCUUUAAAGACCUAAUGUGAGCUACAAGGUUGUUCAUUAAUGCUAUAUGCUUUUGUCAAAGCCUUCAGCCUUUAUUAUAUUUCUACUUAUUUUUUAAAUAAUUGUUUAACAGCGGAAUUCCUGGAGAAGGAUUACAUUACCCAGGAUCCUAAAAAACUACACUCCCUUGAAGCAUUGUAAAUGACAUACCCUGACAAUACUUAUAUCCAUAUUUUGCAAUAAAUGUAAAAUAUGUUGUUUCUAUAUACACAAUCAACAUCUUCAGAUCAAUAAUUUUAUAUUUAUCUGUUGUUUUGUCAUUUGCAAUGCUUCAUGGGAUUUGUAGUUCUUUCCCUGAGAAAAGUAAUUUUUUCCGAUUUUCAAUUGUUUGCAAGUUUUAAUGUUGUGAUUGACCUCGUAGCUGGUUGUUUUGGUUUAUAACUAUUUAAUAAAGACCUUGGGAAAAUCCCUGUGGAAAAAAUGAAAAGGUGGGCAUGCACUGUUGCACUCUAUUACCCAUUGGAAACAAGUUAAAGGCGGGACUGACUGUUUUGUCCAGCCAAUGACAGACGGGGGAGUGUUUAGGAAACCUGUCACUAUUUUUGCAACAUUUUGUAAUGCUAGUGGUGUAGAAACUUCACUUUUAAAGGCAGUUUUGUAUAGAUACUGCUAAUAUUUAUAUUUAAUAUGUAAUUUUGUUAUAGACAGCAUAUUAUGGUCUACUUUCUUUGCUCUUCCUAAAUUCACAAGAGGUGAAUUAAUGUGGCUAUGAAGUAUUUUGCAGUCAUCAUCAGCGAAGUCAAGCAUAUAUCCAUUUGGCGUUAUGACAGAUUCAUUUCUGAUUAUUUUUGGAUUGGUAAUAAUUCUGAGACAAUAUGAACGCAGCAUAACUAAGGACUUUUAGUGACUGUAAACAUCUUUCCAGUGCGACUCAAAGUGGCUGAAUUUCUUGUAUUGGUUUAAGGGCUAAGUUAAGGUUUUUACACUUCCUUAUUGAUGGGUGACUGGUCUUCUGUCCCCGAACAGCUCUGCUAUUAUGUCCUGUCGGGUUUUUAAAGUGACUGAUGUCUUCUUUGCCCUUUAUGGUUUGUUAAUAUCACAGGAGGGAACCUUGUCUACGGACAAGAUUUAGGAGUGUGUGACAUUUUCCAAAGUGCCAUUGAAUAUCUUCAUGCAUUUCCCAUUAGUUUCAUCCUGAAUGUUUGUUUCAGUGUGGGCGGCACCUCACCGUGAGGGGUUUGAGCUAAUGGCUUUAUUUUUCAGUCAGGUCAUGCAUGCACCAUUUUGUCUUCAUUUUCACACUCGAGAGGAGCUUGUAAUCUCAUAACAGAGAAGCUUUUUCACAAAAUAACUGGGGCGAUGUUUUUGUAUGUCACAAAAGCUGUUUUCUUUGAGGUUGUGCUUAGAGUGAACCAUACUGCACAUUUCUGUUAAAACAUUCAGCCAUUUACGGUCUAAGCAUGAGGUGUUUGAUAAGUAACAGUUGUUUAAAUGAAUGUUAUGCUCUUUUGAUAGUAUCUGUGGGAUAAUGUCCAUUACCACAGGAAAUAAUUUCAAUUUGUCCCUUAGUAAAAGACUAUGGAAAGGCAUUACAGAGGGUUUAAAAGCUGAAACGUGAAGCUUAUAUUUUUGUUCAAGCAUUUCUAUUAAUUUUUCUGUUAUUUGAGAUUUUAGUGGUGGGAUGAAUGUUCCAGGCUUCUGAUUUGUUAUCACAACAUUUUUUUCUUUUGUUAAAUCAACUUCAAUAAUUAACGUGGUUCAGAUAACACAAUAUUUUGAGUUUCUGUUGAUUAAACCAAUCGCCUUCAUUGUAUUAACUCAAAUUUUUAAUUUCAAUGAACUCAAAAUUAAGACAACCAGGUAACUUACUUUUUUUAAGUUAAACCAACAAUUCUUUUUCACAGUGUAGUUCAUAUUUACUGACUUGUGUCAUGUAAACAGUACCUUGUUGGUAUCCUUGUGCAUUUUGCAUGAAAUUUACCAUAUUUAGGAGUUGAAAUUGGAUGUAACUUUGUUCAAACAAGGCUAGUAAGCAAUUUUUGUUUGACUAGUCUUAUGAUAUUAAUAUUCCUGUUCUCUAAAAACAUUUAUUUUGGUGCAAUUUCUUGCGCUUGUAGACUUUCAUUGUAGGUACAUUACUGUAAAUGUCAUUUUUGCUCAUUUCUAUAAACUGAGGGACAAUUAGAAAUGAUUUUCUGUGGUAAAGGGUCUUGAUUUGAGUUGAACCUGGAACAUUUUUGGCCUAAGUGUGCAUGUACUCUGUGUUUGUGAGUGUCACCUUCUUCUGUGUGUAUUUAUGGGUGUAAAAUGCAGGAAAUUUGUGUGAUAUGCUGGUUAAACCCUCAGUUGGAUAUGCAGAAAAGGUACAGACCAAAACAUUGGGGUGUUUUGAAUGAAGAUAAAUAUAUACAAUUACUGCCACUCCAAGCCAAACAUAAAUGUAUUUAAAUAUAACAAUUAGGUAUAUGAAUUCAUUUUAACAUUAAAUUCAGUAAAUACAUGCACACACAUGUGCCAUGGCUCACACACACACAUCCUGAUCAAUCAGUGAGUGCAACGAAGGACAGAAAGGAAGUCAAACACGAUCUGUGUUAGCGACGUUUCAGUUCAAUUCGAUUAUAGCAUCACUGUCGUCUGUCUGUGUCCAGAGCAAAUCACUCCGUGUGUCCAAAUGCUUUGUAAAUAGACUGUGAUUGUGGCGUGUCUAUCAUGUUGUCCCUGAGGAGAUGUUAGUGUGUGCGCGUUCUGUCUCAUCUCGUUCUCUAAACACUGCCUUUCUCUGCAGUUGUCGGCCACACACUGACUGUAACACACAGAUGUAUAUUCACAAACUUGUGUCUCUAUGUUGUACGUUCCGAUAAAAUCACAUUUCUAUUGUACAAACUUCCGUCUGUGCACUUCACACGAGCAACGUGGUAAAUAUUUAACGAUGAUCGGUUGUGAUGCAAUCUUUUCCCAAUGUUCUAGUUUCUUUCUUUCUUUUUUUUUUUACCAACUCAGGCGUCACUUUUGCCUCUUACGAUGAAAAAGCUGUGACUGACAAGUGUCUGUGCUACCCAGUGACUGUGCAGUUUUAAACUUGUCCCUUGAAUGUCGACUUAUUUGCAAACUAAGAAAGAAAAUACCUUGCAACUGCAUCGAAUGAUUUUAUAAAGAAUUGCAAGCAUGUUAAAUGCGCUUUCCGAUUCAACCGAUUGUUUGCGUAUUUUCAAAAGUCCUCACCAUGUAACUAUAUGUAUGAAGAAAUAUGUCUGUAUCUAUAUGAAUAUAUAUUUAAAAAAAUGCAACUCUUGCAAUGCAGGCCUUGUGAUCUCUGCAUCUCUGACACAACCUGUCCGAAAUAAAAGUUGCCCAGUGAAAUGUGAAUUAUAUACUCAUAUGCAUGUGACAAUGAUGAUCAUAUUUUGGGAGUGGCAUACGAAUACUAACUUUACUGUGACGUGAUCUUCUGUUGAUAUGGGGCUUGUAUAUCCAAUGCCUUUGACAAUCAUCUGCACAUAUCAGAGUUUAUAUUCCAUGCUGUAAAGCAAUGGGGAAUGAAUGAUUGUUUUUUCGUUUUUCUUUCUUUUUUCUUUCCUUUUUCCUUAAAUAAAUCCUGAAUGAUCAUGA